AUCAAAGUAAAAAAAAGAAAAUUAAUUGACAAUUUUACCCCUUACAUAAUAUUCUAUUCUCGGCUGCUGGGCAUUUCUCAAGCAACAUUUUUUUCCUUAAAUAUUUUCUUUUAUAUUUUGUUUUUUGUUUUGUUUUUUUUUUAAUUUUAUGGCGAUUAUUUUAUCCCCUCUAUUAUUUGAUUUCUCUCUGUCUUCCCUGACAUGGGAGUGAUUUAUUAAUUUUUUACUUCUCUCUCUAUUUUUUCAAAAAACCAACAACUUUCUCUCUCUAGGGUUUCGAAGGGAAACUUUCAGAUAAACCCGAGAGGGCACUCCACCCCAAUUGCAGGGUCCGUGCAACUUGCAGAACAAGUUUAUCACGUUUAUCGGAUUCACGAGAGGCUUCAAUUUAUUUUCCGGGAAAAGAAUUGAGAGGAUAUCACUUUAUUUUAGCGGCUUCAAUGGCUUUCUGGAUCGUCGUUUUGCUGUAAUUUCGUCGUCAAUUCCAUGUUUCUGGUUAUAAGCUCAUGCUGUUUGGUAGAUGCUGAAUAAUUGCUAGUAUGGACUUAAAUGCUUCGCCGUUACCUGAAGAUGAUGAAGAGACGUAUGAAAGACAUAUAGAACAUUACUCUGCACCAGAAGAACAUGUAGAAUCUGCAGUUGAAAUUUCACGGCGGGAACGUGAAGAAAGACGGAAGAGAUUGAAAAAAGACCGACCAGAUGACCGGCUAGUGCAUGUCUCUCAGCCUCCUGCUCAUGAUCACUUCUAUCAAAAUAGGAAUCCAAAGUUUUAUGAUAAAAGUAGGAUCCCUCCGGGUUGGCUGGACUGUCCUUCGGUUGGGCAGGAAAUAGGCUGCAUUAUCCCAUCAAAGGUUCCACUUGGGGAAUCUUAUAAUGACUGUGUUCCUCCUGGUAAAAGAUACUCUUUUAAACAAGUGAUUCAUCAGCAAAGAGUUUUAGGAAGAAAGCUUGGAUUGGUGAUUGAUUUGACAAACACAUCUCGUUAUUACCAAACUACAGACCUGAAGAAAGAAGGCAUCAAGCAUGUGAAGAUUCAAUGCAAGGGAAGGGAUGCUGUACCUGAUAAUGUGUCUGUAAAUACAUUUGUUUACGAGGUGUCACAAUUCCUCCAACGUCAGAAAUCAAAGAAAUAUAUUCUUGUCCAUUGUACGCAUGGGCAUAACCGCACUGGAUACAUGAUUAUUCACUAUCUCUUGCGAUCACAAUCAAUGUCUGUUACUCAGGCAAUAAAAUUUUUUUCUGAGGCACGUCCUCCGGGAAUCUACAAACCAGACUAUAUUGAUGCCUUGUAUGCAUUUUAUCAUGAAAGAAGGCCUGAAAUGGUUGUCUGCCCUCCAACUCCUGAGUGGAAGAGAUCUUCUGAUCUUGACCUGAAUGGUGAAGCAGUCGCAGAUGAUGAUGAUGAUGAUGAUGGAGGUCCAACUGCAUUACAUGAGAAUCAUGAAACAGACGUAGUUUUGACAAAUGAUGACAUUUUGGGAGAUGAAAUACCUCAUGACCAGCUGGAAUCACUGCGAUUCUUCUGCUACCAGAUGUUGAAAUUAAAUGUUCCCGUUAGAGGACAUGCACAAUUUCCAGGAUCACAUCCAGUUUCGCUCAACAGGGAUAAUUUACAACUUUUGAGGCAACGCUAUUAUUAUGCCACUUGGAAGGCAGAUGGAACACGAUAUAUGAUGUUAAUAACUGUUGAUGGAUGUUACUUAAUUGAUAGAAGUUUUAAUUUCCGAAGGGUUCAGAUGAGGUUUCCAUGCAGACACCCAACUGAAGGUAUAGGGGACAGAACUCAUCAUUUGACAUUGCUUGAUGGGGAAAUGAUAAUUGAUACCGUGCCAGACUCUAAGAAGCAAGAGAGAAGAUAUCUCAUCUAUGAUAUGAUGGCACUUAACAAUACUCCUGUCAUAGAGCGGCCUUUCUAUGAACGAUGGAAAAUGCUGGAAAAAGAAGUGAUUGAGCCUCGAAAUUAUGAACGCCAGAACAUUUACCAGAGCAGGAAUCCUUAUUAUCGCUACGACCUUGAACCCUUCAGGGUGCGGAGAAAGGAUUUUUGGUUGCUCUCUACUGUAAAUAAGGUUUUGAAGGAAUUUAUCCCCAAGCUCUCUCAUGAGGCGGAUGGUCUUAUUUUUCAGGGCUGGGAUGACCCUUAUGUACCUCGCACUCAUGAAGGUCUUCUUAAGUGGAAAUAUGCUCAGUUGAACUCUGUUGACUUUCUAUUUGAGAUUGGCACUGACGAUUGUCAACAACUUUUUCUCUAUGAACGGGGGAGAAAGAAGUUGAUGGAAAGGAAUACAGUUGAAUUCAGAGAUGUUUCAGAUCCUCCUUCUUCAUUCUCUGGGAAGAUUAUCGAAUGUUGUUGGGAUGCUGAUCAACAGGUGUGGGUCUAUAUGCGGAUCAGGACAGAUAAGUCGACUCCUAAUGAAUUCAAUACUUUCAAGAAGGUUAUGCGAAGUAUAAGGGAUAAUAUCACAGAGGAAAUCUUAUUAGGUGAGAUUAAUGAGAUUAUUAGCUUGCCCAUGUAUGCUGAUAGAAUAAGGAUUGACAGCAAGGCCCACCUGCAUACAAAUUCUGCACGACGGAGGUGAUGGAUAGCAUACUGGUACUGGUUCUUGUGCAGUUGAUUGAGGUAUUGGAUGCUUGGGUGGUGCCUUUCAUUGCCUGUGUUAAAGUGGCUUCGAGGUUUCUUUUGGUAAGUAAGUUAAGGGUCACUGUGAUAUCAUGUAAUUAGCUAUCCCCUUUUUAGUCAGUCUUGUAGUGUGUGCUAAUGCUGGUGAGUUGUAUGAUCCAGGUGGUACACUAGUUGAAUGGUUCUGUGACAUUCAGGUCUGAGACUAUUUUUCUUAUAGUUCAGAUCAAAGAGGAUUAGCAUUAGGGUAACCAAUGUAUAUUAUUUCUAUUUUAUUCCUUAUGUUAGUGAUC